AUCCAUUAUUCUCGCCCCAAUAGAUGGGCAUCAUCGAGACCUGCUACUCCGGCCUGCUCGACCAAGUGGUCGUAGUGUCGAGCCAGUUCCGCGACUUCGACAUCUGGCACAGGUACUUCCCCGCGGAGCUGCAGAUGUACACGAUCGGCGGCACCGCCGACACCAACUUCAGCUCCAGACUCGGCCGCGUGAACAACGACGUCUGGUCGCUCAACGACACCAUCGGCCUCGAGUACUACUCGGGCAAUUUGUUCUUGGUGCACACGGGUCGUCGCAACGUCACCGUCGCCUUGGCCCUCAAGCUCGUGCGCAAGACCGUCCUCUGGGACGCUCGCUCCGUCUUCGUAUUCAUCAAUCAGAAGCUGCGAUCGGUCUUGGCCUGCCGACAGGCGCGCCGGGAUCUCAUCGACGCCUGGAUGCGCUUCGAGGUUUUUCGCAUGCUCUACGCCUGCAUCGACGCCGAGAAUCGAGUUCAGAUUUACAGUUUGAAUCCGUUCUCGGUGGAGGUGACCGAUCCCGAGCUGUGGGAGCUCGUCGAGCUCAUCGAGUUGGCCAACGGCGGCCACAAGUACAUGGCAAGCUUUCUGAAAUUAAUAGCCCCUCGAGUCGAAAAGAGACACUGCGAAGAUUUGGUCAUGGCCGUGGAGGGGCAAAAAAUCGACAACGGUUAUCCCGUUCUGGUGGCUGGCGCUCUGCGGGAAAAACUUUUCGAGCUGGAAGAUCCGAAGCUGAACACCAGCCUCGUCGACUCGUACACCGGCUUGGACCUCAAUAUCGUGAAGAUGGCGAUGAAGAAAAUGAACGUCACGACGGUCAUUAUCCUGUCCAACGUGUCGGGGCACUUUCACAAGGGCCAGCCCCAAGGCUCCUUCCGACAACUCAUGGAGAACCAGCACGACAUCCUGGUGGAGAGGAAGUAUCGACGAAAUAUCGGUGAAUUCUGGCGGCUGCAGAACACAGCCAGCGACGAUAGGUCCAUGUGCGUGGUGACGCGCAAAAAGAGCCACGGGUCCGAGGCCGAUAACAGCGUCAUCGUCGUGGAGGUGCUCCAGUACAUAAUCAUGGCGGGCAUCUACCUCGUGACCCUGCCGAUCUUCGUCGUCGUCCUGAAAACCGGACCGCUCCAGGUCAUGAUGGAGUACUACCGGCUGAGCGGCGGACACGCCAGCCUGAGGAUGCCAACGGCUUUCUUGCCUCGGCUCGUCUACAUCUCCAUGGUCUGGAUGAUAUUCUUCGUCGUGACCGGCUGGUUGAGCAGCAACAUCUCGGCGAGGAUGGUCGAGUCGAAGAAUCCCAACAUCGACAACAUGCGCGACCUCGUCAACUCGAACUACACGAUCAAGGGCGUAACUGGCUUCCAGGAGUUCUUAUUCGACGAUCGUCUCGCCAGACGAUUCAUCAACAUAACUACGGUGAAGCAAUGCUACGAAGAGCUGAAGGAAGGCGCGCGUCUCGCCUGCAUCGACGACUGCGAGCUAGCCCCGUACAAUCGGUCGAUUCAUUGGCUGUCCAAGCCGAUCUACCAGACGCUGAUCGCCAACGUGGUGCGCGAGGACUGGCCGCUGCUGCGCAGCUACGAGGACCUCGUCCAGUGGAUGGUCGAGAUGGGCCUGAUCGAAUGGGAAAAAGUAAUCUUCUUUCGGGCGAAGAGAAAUCAUCCCUUCGACGAACACGUGAAAGAUCAAUUGGAGAUGAAGGGCCGGCCCUUGAAACUCCACAAUAUGAGGAUACUGUUCGCCGUUUUCUUCAGUAGAAUGUUGGUCAUUGCUUUGACUAUCUUCGUUGCGGAAAUUCUGAUCGAUCGAUACCUACAGAGGAAACGGCAAAACGAGAUAAUUAGCGUAUUACUGAGCUUGCAGAGAGACAUGAAAAAAUAUCAAUUACAGAGACGUUUACAGGAUGUAAGUGCACCUAAGUAGCUUUUAAAUUUUUCUGGACAGUGCACUUUUCAAAUCAAUAAAUGCUGCGGGCAAUUAACCUUAAUUACCGAGGGCAAAAGUCCAUUAUCUCAUGCAUAAAGCUUCUGAAAAAAAUUGCUUACAUUUAUUGCG